CUCCCCUCUCCCGCACCCACGCACCCACACGCACGCGCGCGCGUCUCCCUGGCCCUCCUGCCCCGGCACUACUUCCUCCUCUCGCGGCCGCCGCCUCCCCCUCCCCCCGCUCCCGGCUCCUCGCUCCCCGCCCCCCGCGGACCCCGGCGCACGCGCGCACAGAGCACCCCGCCCGCAUCAUGGGCGACUCGGCCGUCCUCGAGCUGGCACAGUGCUUCCCCGACACGGAUCGCUCCCUCCUUGAGCGGAUCUAUGACUUCAACAAUCGCGAUGUCGGCAUGACCAAGUCCGCCCUGUCGAAGAUGCUCCGCCGUGCUUCCAACGCCCCCACGCCGGAGCCGGCCUCCGAGCCGCGGGACAGCCUCGACCUCCUGAAGCGCCUGGAGACCUUCCGCCGGAGCUCGCUCGCCGCCCUGCCCGCCACCGACGCCACGGCCACCCCCCUCCUGCCGCCGGCGCUCAUCUCCUCCGAGGGCCUCUCCUCGCUGGACAUGAUGGCCGCCGGCCGGGUGGGCGUGCAGCUGUCCGCCGCCGACCUCGGGCUGGACCCCCGCGUCCAGGGGUACUCGCCGGGCGCCGACGCCGCGCACAUCCUCACCUGCCUGCACCGGCUGCUGGUGUCGCCGCUGGCGCACUCCGUCAGCCUGGACGUCCCGUGGAAUGACACGCGCCUGAUCCUGGCCCUGACCGAGCUGCCGGCCCUGCUGGCGGCCGAGGGCGACGCCGCGCCGCCCAUCGACCCGGGCAUGCUGUCCAGCCGGCUCUUCCUCAGCCUGUCCUUCUGCCGGCGUGAUGGGUCCUUCCAUGAGCUGCCGCUCCCCUCGGAUCCGACGCAAUUUGCCCCGAUCUGCUUCUCGCUGCCCUCCAUCCGCAACCACUUCCUCCACUGCGUGCGGGUCCUGGCCAGCAUCCGCCCGGCCCGGCUGCUGCUCGGCACCUGCGUCAACGCCCUGUUCAAGGUCCAGGAGACCCAGCUCGGGCACUUCGGCCCGCUCUACUUCGAGGCGUCCAUCCAGGCCAAGCACUACUCCCCGCGCUCGCGCGUGUCCCUGAACCUUUCCUAUGAGCACCUCCACCGGAAUGCCAACCAAUACACCGAGGUGUUGCACGCGGCCGGCGACAAGCUGGACUUCCUGUCCAUCACCUCGGUCCCCAGCGACUUCGUGGCCAAUGUGGCCGAGAUCCCGGCCGACUACUACCACAUGCUGGCCAACCUGGCGUCCAGCGAGGAUGACAUGGUGCUCAACAUCGGCUGGUCCUCGGACAAUGACGCGUCGUCGCACUUCCCCGCCCGGCCGGACGCCACGGCCCAGGAUGGCUUCGAGGAGCAGGUGGCCUUCAUCUAUGCCCUGCCGCGGCUCCUCAGCGAGGCAUGCCCCAACUACACCAUGUGGUACGGUCUGCAUGAUCAGCUCCCGGAGCAGAGCGGCCUCGGGCUCUUCGUCACCCCGCCGGCCGUGGCCCAGCAGCCAUCGACGCCCGGGCUCGGGGAACUCCAGCUCCUGAAUGCCCGCCACGCCAAGCCCAUCUACCACCUGUGGGUCCUGGUCCGGGUGUCGAACGACCGGCGCCUCGACGCGCUGGAGGCCACCACCGGUGCGGCGGCCGAAUCGCCCCAGCUGGCCCCCCUGUCGCUGGUCGCCGCCGCCGCCGCCGCCGCCGCUCCGGUGCCCGGGGCCAUCCCGUCCCCCCCUCCGCCGUCGGUCGCGGUCGCCGACCCGCCGGUGGCCAGCCUGCCACCCAAGCUGUCUGGCCCGCCGCCGGCUGACUCCCAGUCGCUCUCGGAGCAGCAGGCCCAGCAGUUCCGGCUGAUGCAGGCCGGCCUCGCUGGUCCGGCCGCCACCGGGCCGGGCCUCCCUCAGGUCCCGCUGCCGCCACCGGCUUCGCCCAUGCCGCCCAAGCCCGGCGCCAUGGCCGCACCCCUGUCGCCAUCGAUUCCCUCCCCCCUGGCGCCCUCCUCCCUGCCGGACAUGGACCUCCUGCGUGAGCGCAUCCAAGCCCAGUACCUCACCCGGCAGCGGGCCGCCGAGCAGCAUGCCGCCGAGUCCGCCUCGGUGCCGGCCCAGCCGCAGGUCCCGGCGCAGCUGCACGCCCUGCCGCCGCCGGCGCAGCAGCAUUCCUUCCCCCCGCCACAGCACCUCCAGCAGCACCAGCAGCAGCAGCAGCAGCAGCAGCACCACCACCACCACCACCACCAGCACCAUCAUCAUCUUCACCAGCACCAGCACCAGCACCAGCAGCAGGUCCCCCUGCCGCCGGCACACAUGAUGCUGGCUCCGCCGCCACCGCCCGUGGCCGCCGGUGCUGGCGCGGCCCCCCCCCCGGCCAAGCUCUCCCCCCCGGCCACGCCGCCCAUGAUCUCGGUCACCAGCACCCCGAUGGUGACCACCACCCCGUCCACCAUCCUUCCCCUGCCUCCGGGGCUGGUCCCCUCGUCGGCCCCGCUGACCCCUUCGGCCCGGCACAUCCAGCAGCCGGUGGCCCUGAACGAGGUUGAGGGGUGGCUGAUCGCCCGGAUCUCGGCCUCCAUCCGCGGGUCCCUGGACCUGACCCCCAACUCCAAGAACAUCCUGCAGUAUGACCAUCACCUGUCCGGGCUGACCGGCACCGGGUCCGGCCGCCUGUGGCAGAUGCUCUCCGAGACGGGCAUGCCGGACAUCAUCUGCGCCACCAUCACCUACCAGGUGACACAGCACAUCCUCCGGAGCGGCUGCCUCCGGGGCGGGCUGCCCCUCAAUGGGGUCGAGCUCUUCGAGGCGGCCGACAUCGCCCGGGUCACCCAGCCGCUGAUCUUCCCGGUGGCCGAGCUCAUCCUCGGGCACCAGCCCACCAUGGACCGCCUGCGCCGGCGGGUCAUGAUCGACAAGAUGGUCAAGAAUGACUCGCUCUCCGGGCCGCCGAAUACCACCUCCCGGUCGCAUCGGGACCCGGCCGCGCGCGGGGUCGAUGGGACUCGCAUUUUCCACGAGAUCGCCGAGGACCAGGGCCCGCGCGCCAGCAUGGAGGACCGGCUAAUUGCCCUGCCCUAUGUGAAUGAGCUCUUCGGGCUGUCGCUGCCCCAGCGGCUGUCCUUCUAUGCGGUGCUCGAUGGCCAUGGCGGCCGGCGGGUGGCCGACUACGCCACCGAGCUCCUGCCGGUCCACAUCUUCCGGUCGCCGGUGCUCGGCGAGAGCCUGGAGCAGGCCAUCCGCGGGGGCAUCCAUUCGACCAACGAAAAUUGGAAGGGCAAGGUGGCCCGCGAGUCGAUGGUCGUCCCGCCGAAGGCGGUCAACUCCCUGCGCGGGGCCGGGGCCACCCUGGCCGCGGCGCUGGUGGUCGACUCGGCCGAGGUCAUCGUCGCCUGGGUCGGCGACUCGCAGGUGGCCCUCUUCUCGCCGUACCAGUGCCCGGCCACGGUGGCCGCCCCGGCCGGCCUGCUGGAGGACCCCCUCCCGGCAUACACCCCGCACAUUGAGCCGCUGCAAGUGGUGGCCCCCCACCGGGCCAGCGACCCGGCCGAGCAGGAUGCCGUCGUGGCCCGCGGCGGCUUCGUGUCCAUGGUCGGCGAAACGGCCCGCGUCAAUGGGAUCCUGGCCGUGCCGCGGGCCAUCGGCGAUGUCCAGCUCCACAGUGUCAUCACCUGCGACCCGACCAUUCGCACGGUGCGCCUCGGGGCGUCCCCCUUCCGCGGGGGCGCCGGGGCCGGCUCCGCCGACGGGGGGGCCUCCGGCUCCCCCGCCUCCCCGGCCCCGGCCGCCGCCGCCGCCGGCGCCACCACCUCCACCACCCCACCCGGCACCAUGGCCGGUUCCUCCUCCUCCUCCGCCGCCGCCGCCGGCGCCGGCGCCACCUCGCGCCACCACCACCCGUCGCUGGUUUUGACCCCGCAGCAUCCGCUGCUGGGAGGCCACUCGCCGAUGGAUGACGCCGGCGAUGGGGUGCUCUCGCCGGACACGCCCCGGGCGCCGGGCGCCGGCCCGGAGCCCGAGAACCGGAUUCUCGUGGUCCUGGCCUGCGAUGGGCUCUUCGACACGCUGACCCCGGCCGAGUGUGCGCCGCUCAUCGGCGACCACCUGGGCCGGAACUUCGGCUCGGCGCAGGGCCUGGCCGUGGCGCUGACCCGCUUCGCCCGGGCCUCCGGCUCGACGGACAACGUCUCGGUGCAGGUUCUGGAGUUCAGUUGAUUCUGUGUGUGUGCGCGCGCACCAUCGCGCCAUUGCCGCUGCAGGUGCCACCACCGUGCUUUGUGCGCCCUGCCCGGCUCUCUCCCGCCCCACCGGCGUGUGUCCCCUGUCCUUGUAUCCGAUCUCCCUCCCCCCCCCCUCAUUAUGUAAUAAUACGAAACCCCUCUUCAUG